AUGUCAACAUUAUUCAACCGUCAACCACAGACGCAAUUCCUUUAUCCUGUAAACGGGAGUGCGUUGCCUAAUCAGCAACAACAGUCGCAACAACAGCAACAGCAACAGCAACAGCAACAGCAACAACAACAGUCAUCUAAUCAAUCUCAACUUUUUCAACAACAACAACAACAACAACAACAAGCACAACAAGCACAACCUGCAUGGCUACAGUCCCAACAUAAUCGAAAAAAGAGAAUCAUUCCCAAUCACUUAGUACCACAUAAGAAGCUGAAUUUCCAAAUAAGUGCACCAGGUACCUCCAAAAAUAAGAACUCUAAUGAAUCACAAUCGUCAAUGCUAGUGUCUAAUGACCAAUUCAAUGUAGUAUCAUUUGGAAACAAUAGAAGCAGCACAAUCACCAAUGGAAACUUAUUGGAUAGAACUAACACCAGUCUAAGUGCGCUAUUUGAAUCUGUUGGAGGGGAUCUCAGUCGCUUUGAUGAUUCAAUGAAUGAAAGUUUCCAAAACGAUGAUGGUGCAGUAAAAAGUAUAGAUGUGCCUACUGAUGCACCACCAUUGAAGUCUGUAUAUGAUCUAGAUGAGGAUACAUUUGGAGUAAACAAACCCACCAGAAAACAAUCUGAUCUAAUUAAUAAAGACCCCAAAGAAUUCAAUAAUUUAUUCAAACGAUUUGAACCAAAGGACGGGAAAACAGAAAAAGAAAAGAGGGAGGAUAAGACAAAGAAUAUAGCUGAUGAGUCAGAGAAUGCCAUUAUCGUAUUUGGAUACCCAGAAAAUACCUCAGUGCAAAUCAUUCAAUACUUCAAACAAUUCGGUACGAUCCUUGAAAAUUUCACCGAUCUUUCGGCUGGGAAUGAAGCUUGGAAUCUAUUAAGCAAUCUUGAAAAAAAGAAGAAGAAUAUCAGUAUUUACACCGGUACCAACUGGAUUAAAAUCACAUAUGAUAAUCAUAACUCCGCAUUGAAUGCGUUACAAGAGAAUGGCUGUAUUUUUAACGGGAACUUACUUGGGGUUGUUCCUUAUCACAAAAGUGUGAUUGAUAAAUUGGAGAAGAAGAAGGUCUUUGUAAAUGAAGAUAUUGGAAAUGGAAAUUUAUCAAUGCCUUUAAAAUCAGCAUUUGAGCAAGAAAAAAAGUCAAGUGGGAUUGAAAAUCAAGUCAUCACUCCACCAUCUUCAUCCUCACCAUCAGGAGCUAACAAAUCUACAUAUGUAAACAAAUUAAACUCCAAAGAAGAAUCUCAUUAUUUUGUAACAUCAAAGGAUAAAAAGGACGAAAAUAGUAAUGAUGAACAAAAGAGUCCUAAAUUUGGCGUAUUGAAGACUUUAUCUAACUAUAUAUUCGGAUUUCAUGACUUAUAG